UCAAAUGAUUGUUUUGAAUUUUUGUAGUAUGAAUAGAAUUUAAUAUCAUAUACAAGUUUAAAUAUAUUAUUAAAUGUGUUUUUAAGAUGUCGGUGGUGAAAUCUUGCCCUGGUUUGUAUUGCGGACGGACUGACCUAGGUAAUGGUGUGUGGAGUGAAUGUGGUGCUUGUCCCCGAGGUUUUCGCACAAACGAUACAAGUUACUGCACUCCAUGUACAGAGGAGCCUUAUCUUUAUGAUUGGCAGUAUCUAGGAUUCAUGGUGCUUUUACCUUUGGUACUGCAUUGGUUCUUUAUUGAUAUGGUAGCGAUCGGAAAAAGUAAAUCUGGAGUAAUAGCACAACAUAUCUGUGCCUUCACAGAGAUAGUGACAGGCACACUAGCUGCUUUGCUAAUACUACCUCCAACAGGCUCAAUAGCUUUGUUUGUGUGUACACCUAAAGCUCUGUCUGAUUGGUACACACUACUGCACAAUCCACAACCUGAUUAUAAGGAAACACUGCAUUGUACACAGGAGGCUGUGUAUCCAUUGUACACAGUAGUUUUAUUGAUAUAUGCCUUCAGUUUAUUGAUGACCAUUUUAUUGAGGCCGUGGAUUUUAACUUGGUAUACUUUGAAUCCGGGAAAGAAGGCUAUUUACUGUGCAUUAUAUUUUUAUCCAAUACUUGUUCUCAUACAUACAGUUGCUGCAGGAUUAAUAUAUUGUUCUUUCCCUUACAUAGUGAUAAUAAUAUCUAUGAUGACAUCUGCAUCUCACUUCUCUAUCAAGCUCGACCAAUCAGCACCUGCUUUACUAAAAUCAUCUAUAUCAAACACUAGAAACCUAGUCAUACUUAUCGGACACUGGCUGGUACAUGCUUAUGGUAUAUUAUCACUAACUGGUUUCAAGGAAUUAUGGUAUUUAUCUCUCGUACCGGCUCCAGCGUUAUUUUACAUCCUAACAGCUCAGUUCACCGACCCUAUGAAGUUGCAUAAUGAUUGACAGAUACAGUGCUCCUUUGUGAAGCCAAUAUUGAACUGACAAAGUACUCAUUGGCUUCGUCAGGGAACAUAGGACAGAGGUAGAGAAAAAAUGAGAUGUGGAAAUACUAAAAAGGCUUAUGGAAGCUGUCCAACCUUGACCUAGUUUAUAUUAUCGACAGGAGAUCGUAAGGCAUAGGGCGUAAAGGAUACGAAGAACUGUGCAGGCAGUGCUUUAGUGACUGUGGGCUAUCAAAAUCCAAGAUAUUUGAAAAGAGCAAGAGUGGUACACCUUCGACUAAACAUACAACUGUUUACUCUUGCUUUGAUUCCUAUGAGGUUAUAUGGAGGUGCGCACACUACUCGAUUUUUAUGUGAAUUUAAAAUUAAAUUGGCUGCGAAACAAUAGAUAAUCGGGCAACAAUUGUGCAAUAGUUUAGUCAAAGGUAAUGUUCUAAUAUUAGGAAUAUGAUUUAGCGUUGAAAUAAAUCUAGUUUCUGUCUGUGCCUUUGUAUACUUAUGCCAGUUUAGGUUCAUGACAUGUAAUUUUAUUUUAGUUAAGAAUUGAAACAAUUUGAAGCUAAGCGUUUGUCUUCAUUCUCGUAAUGAAUUGUGUAAAUAUAAUUGUACAGUAUUUAAAUUUAAGAUAGCUCCAAUUUAA